UGCUCGUCCGACGCUCGCCGACGCAGGUCUGUGUUCGGUGCGGCUCGCGGACAUGGCGACGAACGGGCUCGCUCAGAGGAUGACGGUGGUGGCGGCGGCGGUGCUGUUUUGCGCAGCAGUAGCAACGGCUGAGGUCGGUGGAGCGAUUCAGCCCAGUUUCCUCACGGAGCCCACGCUGAUCAAACACAGAGAGGGAGAAAGCGUCACUCUGCCCUGCGCCAUCAGGAAUAAAGGUCCCUACAUCGUGGUCUGGAAGAAAGACCGGCGCGUCAUCAGCGCCCGAGAGGUGAUUGUGGCGCGCGACACGCGCUACAGCCUGGUGGACGGCUACAAUCUGCGGAUCGCCAGCGUGCGGCCCAGCGACCAGUCUUCUUACACGUGCUCACUGGACACGGAGCCGCUCACCGAGCUCACCCACCGGCUCGACGUGCUCUACGGGCCCGUGGUGACGACCCGGCCGUUCGGCGGCGUGCUCGUGCUGGAGCGCGGCAACCAGGCGCGCUUAGAGUGCUCGGCGGCGGGAAACCCCAAACCGACCAUCUUCUGGAGGAAACAGAUGGGCCUGUUGCCCUCUGGCGAGGCCCAACACGCGGGCAGCAGCUACACAAUCUCCGAGGUCACCCGAGAAAUGGCCGGGGUGUACGAGUGUGUCGCUCAAAACGGUCUCGGAAGGCCGGAGGUUGGCACCGUCAGCCUUCAAGUUCAGUAUCCGCCGGAGGUGGAGGUAGAAAAGAGCGUGGUCUACUCGGGCGAAGGAUUCAAGGCCAAGCUAAUCUGCUUUGUCUUUGCUGAUCCUCCGGCGACGGUCCGCUGGUCGCGCAACGAGGGAGCGCUGCAGCCGAGCCGCCACGUCCCAUCCGAGGAGGUUUUGGGCGGCACGCGGCACGUGCUCACCAUCGGGCCCGUCCAGAUGGCUGACUUCGGCACCUACUCGUGCCAGGCCAACAACUUUCUGGGAACCGCCAGCGGCAGGGUGGUGCUUUCAGGUGCGCCCGGCCAGGCUCACAUUACAAGCAGACCCAUCGGCACGGCACCGGACUCUUACCAGCUGUCCUGGGAGGUCCGCAGCUACUCACCAGUGCUAGAGUACAAAGUCGCCUACGGACUCGGAAAGAGGAUGAACUCAUCUACCGAGAAUCGGUCAGCCAGCUGGCGCGAGGUGCUCGUGCCGCCGACCGGCAGUGAGGUGGUCGGAGACACUCUGUACAGACAGCAGAUCCCACUCACCAAACUGCGACCGGCCACCACCUACGAGCUGCACGUGCAGGCGCGCAACCGGCACGGCUGGAGCGCCGUCUCCGACCUGUUUCACUUCUCCACUCUCGCCAGGGGAGAGGCGUUGGAGUCUCGAAGCUUUGGUAGCUCGUCCCCGCGGAGGCGACUGCACCCGGUAUUGCAACUUCUGUACGUCAUCACCUUUCUUCUUGUCCCAGCCUUGAUUGCAGGUUCUGAAGGAAACGGUGCGUGAGAGUGAGUGGUUCAUCAAACGUGUAAGAAGCCGCCUCAGCUCACCUUCAGACAGCUCCUGUCUGAUCAGGCCCCGCUUCUGAGAGAGGAGCAACAAACAGCUGUGAUCACUCCGACGCGCGCUGCACUCUGGCGGACGAGAAUCCUGCGUCGCCGAGCGACGAUGUGACUCCAUGAGGCCGUUGGUCAAGUUAGAGGUGCUAUUCUUGUACUGUAGUUGGUUCUGUAUACUGGUUGGAGAGAUUGAGAUAGACAGACAAAUAGGCAGCCAGAGCGACUCAGUCAGAUAGCUAAGUAGACAGACAGGCACGCCUACAGACAGAAUAAAGAUACCGACAGACGUAUGCAAACAGACGACAUAGACAGACAGACAUCAGACACACAGACGGGCAAACAGAGAGGUAGACACAGAAGGCAGACAGACAGACAGACACGCUCGUCUGUGUGUCGUUUCCAGCUGUGAUCUGGUAGCCUGUUCUGUCAAGAUUCACCUAAUGCUCGGACUGACAGACAUUGGUCGCCAUAACCUGCCGUAGUGUAUGUGGGCCACUGAUUAUUCGUAAGCUCCAGCGAGCGAUUCGGAGUUCAGCACAGUUGUGCAUCGAAACGAACGAUAAAGGCACCAACCAGGUCGGAGGUACAUAGAUGAACGAUUGGAUCUUUGCGCUGCUGAAUGUUUUCUCCGAAUGUUUUGAAAGGGUGAAAUGGUAGAUAGAUGUUCAAAGCAUGCUUGAUCGUGAUCAAUGUGACUGAUUCAAUGCCUUGUAACCAUCCAUAGCUAAGAGAAUGUAAGAGGCAAUCUUCGUUUGUCCAGCACAUUAGCCCUAAUGAAGCCAUAAUGCUAGUAAAUGUAUUACAAGCCAUUGACGAUUCGUUUAAUUGAAUGCAGACUGGACUCAGCUUAGAUUCUCUUGACCGAAGUGUGUGUACGAAUCCAUAUGUAAGUACUUCACAUGCGAUGGGUGGAAAUGUAAGUGCUCUGCGCGCUAAUUUUGCUACAUGACGUCCAUCAGUUAUCGCUAUAAGAUAUCUCUUGGCUACUACACGAAUGAUUGUCUUUGGAGCAUCCUGGCGUUAUAUUAUGGUUUUCAUUGUGUAAAACAUUGCUAAUAAACGGUGAGGCUACUGCCUUU